UGCCUUGUUGCAAUUGCUCCGAGCCAACUUUCCCACGAUCGAUGACGCAGGCCCAGCAAGCCCAGGCAUGGGCAUGUACCUCGCCACAAAAUGUGUCGAAAGAUAAGUAGUCAUGUAUAGACUAGGAUCUAUCCGCUUUCAAACGUCUUUUUCCACAAAUCUCUCUCUUUACUAGAAACGGCGACCGUUCUUACGUGCAUAGCUGCAUUCCCAGUCUUCACCUUCCACCUACCAUCAUGGCUCGCCUACACCAAUCUACCCGCCACAGACGGCAAACCCCAUACCUCGCCUCUCUCUACGCACUCUUCGCUACCGCCGCAUACGCGCAAGACUCAAAACGCGGUUUCGCAUUCAUCGGCGACUCACACGUACCGGACAACCGGCUACUUACUUCCGACAACUCACCACUAGCAUGGUAUUACAACUGGUCACCAUACCCAAACAGCGACCUCAUCCCCGCGGACAGCCUAGAGUUCGUGCCUAUGAUUCACGGCAUAGAUGCCACAGAAGACGAUAAUACCGAACGCGUGAUUGCGGGUUUGCCGCAAAGUAGCAAGCACCUUCUAUCUUUCAACGAACCAGACGGCACCGAGGGAAGUGGUGGUAGCAGUAUCAAGCCUGAAGACGCUGCAAAAGCAUAUAUCGACUUCGUUGUGCCCUUCCGGAAUGGCGACAAAGGUGGCAGGAACUGGUUAAUCAGUCACCCCAGUACGACGGGUAGUCCAAACGGUCUUGACUGGUUACGGAAAUUCAAUGAGUCUUGCUACGAAAUUGACUCCGAAAAUGGGUGCCCGGCGGAUUUCGUUGCUGUACAUUGGUACGGCGCUUUCGAUGGUCUGGCAGGCUGGUUAGGCACCUUGGAUGAGUUCUACAACACAAAUUCGACAAGGGAUCAGCCAUUGAAGCUUUGGAUUACCGAGAUGGCGCUUCCGCAACAGGAUGAGGAGAAUACGGUGGGCAUGAUGAACCGCACACUACCGUAUCUUGAUCAGCUGGAUUACGUUGAACGGUACUCUUGGUUCGGUGCUUCCAGGACAGACGAUGCAAACGAAUGGACGGGCGAUAGUGUCGCGCUGUUCGAUGAUGAUGGUGGCUUGACUGAGCUUGGUGCGCUGUACCUGGGUAAUCGAUUCGAGGAGGGACAGAAGGGUGAGGGUGCUGAAGAGGAUGCGGCGAGUGGCCUGAGGGUCAGUGCUGGACUGAUGGCCGCCUUGUCUGUGUGUGCGGCGGUGUUCACGAUGCUUUAAACGAUCGUUACGAUAAACCUCCUUUCUGUUGUAAAUACCCUAGCGAAGUGUACAUAGCAGCGAUAAUAUGCAGUAAUGGUUCUCGUCUUAAUGUUAUCUUGA